GCGAGGAUAUGAAUGUUGUGCGCUGUGCUGUACAGGAGGAGACUGACUGUAACCGGAAUUUUCUGAAUGAUCAUUUGUUGACUGGGGCAAGGAGUGAAUGUGAGUGGCAUCAUCAUUGAUCCAGAAGAGCGUCCCAUAAACAAAGCGCCUCUUCACUUUCCAUUGUGCAGCUGGUUAUGGGAAUACAGUUCAAAGCUUCUGAAGGUGGUGAUGGCAUAAGAUGGAAGUUGUAAACCACGGCACAAGUUAACUCGCAUCUCUCAAGACAUCAUGAGCACUCUUGUUAUGAGGCCACCUACAACACAAAUCAGCCAAUUCAAAGGCGGCUUGUUAUCCUAAAUGCACUGUUGGGAGUCCUGUAUUCUGGCGUGUUGCAGUCAUAGUUCGGCUAUUUCACCUCACUGACCGAACCUGUCCACCGGUUGCCCUGAGCACCUCCGUUUCUAAUUCAUGAGCCAGAGGGAUGCAGUCGCUCAGCUUUCAGAACGGCUUCUCAUAGCUGCACACAAAGGGCAGACAGAUAAUGUGGUGCAGCUCAUCAACAAGGGAGCCAAGAUAGCAGUCACUAAGCAUGGCCGUACACCUCUGCAUUUGGCCUCGUACAAGGGCCACAUUGACGUAGUGCGAAUUCUGCUGAAAGCAAGUUGCGAUCUGGACAUCCAGGAUGAUAGUGAUCAAACUGCUUUGCAUCGGGCAGCCGUGGUGGGUAACACUGAGGUCAUCUCAGCCCUCAUUCAUGAGGGGGCUGCUUUGGACCGACAGGACAAGGAUGGAAACACUGCUCUGCAUGAAGCAGCCUGGCAUGGAUUCAGUCAAUCUGUCAAACUCCUGGUCAAAGCAGGAGCUAACGUCCACGCGAAGAAUCAGGCAGGUAACAUAGCCCUUCACCUGGCCUGUCAGAAUGGCCAUUCUCAGAGUUCGCGAGUGCUAAUGCUGGGAGGGUCCAGACCUGAUACUAAAAACAGUAUGGGCGAUACGUGUCUGCACAUUGCUGUUCGCUAUAACCAUGUCACUAUUGUUCGAAUCCUCCUGAGUGCUUUCUGUUCAGUCAGUCAAAAGAACCAGGCAGGAGAUACUCCGCUCCAUAUUGCUGCAGCACUUAACCACAAAAAGAUGGCAAGAUUGUUACUGGAGGGAGGAGCUGAUGGGAACAUUGCAAAUAAUGCAGGCUUGAUUCCUCUGGAUACAGCAAGAGAAAGCAACAACCCUGAGGUGGCUCUUCUUCUCACUAAAGCACCGCAGGUUCUCAGCUUCAGCCGUGGGAGAAGCCUGAGGAAAAGGCGGGAGAAGUUAAAGGAGGAACGCCGAGCACAGUCUGUACCUCGGGAUGAAAUGAUUCAGAGUAAGGGAAGUGUCUCGGUAGAUGACGUCCACAGCAGUGACCGAGGACCUCACAAGAAAAAAAACAAGGAUGACUUGAUAAGAAUGGCCACACCAGAACAGAAAAGAAAGAAAGACAAAAAGAAAAAGCAGAAAGAAAAGAUUUCAGCUCUGUCUGAUCCUCCUCCAUUAACAGACCAGCAACCUGAACAGUGCAGCAAAGACCUUAAGAAAAGGAGAAGCAAGCAUCACUGUUGUUCACCACCCCCACAGCAAACUGUCCUCCCUCACAAUUUCCGAGCGUACCAGCUCUAUACUUUAUACAGAAACAAAGAUGGCAAAAUCAUGCAGGCCCCUAUAAAUGGUUGUCGAUGUGAGCCACUUAUCCACAAACUGGAGAACAGCCUAGAAGCCACAAAGGAAGAGAUCAAAGCUGAAAUUGAGACCGUACAAGGGAAAAUAAAUGCAAAGCUCGGACAACUAGAACGGAAAAACAAAUAUGAGAUCAAAGUCUUGGAUAAGCUAACAUCUGAGCGUAUCUCAGCCGAGAGGACUGAAUGCUUGCACCGAAUCGACCAGCGUGCUGUAUUAGAGCAGAUCGAGGGAGAGAAACGGCAGGCCUCCGUGGUAGAUGAUUUGAAAACUUGGUGUAUGUCUAAGAUCCAGAAUCUUGAACUCAAGUUUUCAGGAGAAUCGAGGUCCAAAUCUACAGUACCUGCUGGGGAGACCUUGGUGGAGACUGCAAGCCAAAGUGCAGUGCAAGCUACGAGGGACUGUAGCUCUAUCCCCAUGUACCCUGGCAGUGGGACACAGCACGGUGGAGAGCAGCUCCAGCCACAGCCCUACAUCAGCCUACACGCUACUUUGACUGAAGAUUCAGGAGGCACCAAAGUACCACCUUCAGAUGAAGCCACUGGCAAGCAGUACUUUGUCAUUAAACAGGAUAGCCCACCAGGAGCAACGCAGCCUGUGGUAUCUGCCGCCACUAGUGCUGUCUCAAACAUGGCGCAACCCACAUCUCCAGCUGUCAGACCAAAGGAGAAGCCCUCGACUAGGAUCCGCCAUGAGGUGCCGUCUCUGGAGCAGCCUUUGGCCAAAUCUGGACAAGUCAAGUUUCAGAUUGCUAACGAAAGCUUAGUCCCAAAGCCUGACCAAGCACCAAUUGUUGGGGGACGCAAUCAAAGCAGAAGCACUCAGACGCGAAAGUCUCUCACUACAAGGCACAGACAAGAAGAAACUACGUUGCACUCUGCUGGACACAAAGCAGAACAACCUGCCACACAAAUGAAAGCCAGUUCCCCAGCGCUGGAGAUCACUCAGUAUUUUUUUGAGGCGGUUUCCACGCAGAUGGAAAAAUGGUACGAGAGAAAGAUUGACGAGGCAAGGUGUCAAGCCGAUCAGAAGGCCCAGCAGGAUAAAGUUGCUCUGCUAGAGCAAAUUAAGAGCUUGGAAGAAGAGCUAGAAAAACUUAGGACUAAAAUGCAGAAAGAAAGCUAGCAAAUGCUGUUUGGAUAUGUCUCUUUCUAACACAAAGUUCUGUUCAAAUGUGUAUUCUGUGGAGUAAAUAUCUCACACAUUCAACAUCUUUCCUGGGUCCAAUUUGGAAUUCAAUGCACUACAGAAUAUUACAUCUCAUUAUCAUAGAUUUAAGAUCAUUUGGGCUUCAGUUUACAGGUUUUUUCUUGGCCUCUUGGAAAUAGACAAUUACAAAUGGGUUUGCAAGAUCUGUGUACAGAAACUGCGAGCAACAAGGUCAGUUUACUAAUGAACAGCAUGCUCUGAGUCAUGGAUAUAUACGGAUUUGUAAAUUGCUACUUUUGGAAAGUGCUGUAAAUAUAUAUUGAGCAAACAACUCUAGUCUCACAUUCCUGUAUGGCACAAAAGGGAAUGCAAAUGGUGCACCUAAAUCUUUCUCAAUACGAUUGCUGUAUGUUGCCUGGAUUGAAUGCAAAAUAAUGUACAUGAAAGUAUUAUUGUGAUUUGAGUAUUUAGAUGCAUAAUUGUAGUUUGUUGUUAUUUGAAUAUGUAUCAUCUUCGAUAUUACGUGAAAAGAUUAGAUGAAAUGUACUGACUGAAAAAUGUACCAGACAUGCCUACAGGUUGAAUAUUAUGUGCUCUGAGACGCAAAGAUACAAUCUCUUUAAUCAUUAUGUCACAUUUAGUACAAAUUCUAAAAAAAACCUUACUUCAUCUAUCAUUAGUGCAAUGGAUGGGGUUGUUAGUAGGAUCGUUGUGUCGAGGCAAUGCAGCACUCAAUCGGGUUAUGUAAUCAGGCAUUUUUUUCUGAACUGUUUUCCAGUUUUAGUGUCUUGCUAUGUUAACAACAGCAUUAACAGAACUAAAUGGAUUUGAGUCAGUGUUAGGCAAUAUUUUUUAUUUUAAUCCACAAUUGAUUAUUGUAAGUCAUAAUGAUUAAUUAAUUACUGUAGCAUUAAUACAAGGUAGAGAAGAUUAGAACUAUUAGGCAGCUAACUGGAGAAAAGGAGUAGGGUCAGCAGCAUUACUGCAUUCCUAAUGCCAUUGGACUUUACAGGCAUCAAUCUUGUUCAGUCCUUUACAGGUUUGAAAGGACGACUAUUUGACAGUUACAAUUUCUGCACCAAAUUUGCAACUUGAUUGUUGUGAAGUAAAGACAAUUUCUGAUUUACAAUAUUCUUUCAUUGUAUUGGUGUAAGAAUGAUAGUUUUUGAAGCAUUAAAGGUUUUGCCAAAUGAAGGGAUUUUAUGUAAUAAUUAGGCAGGCUGGUGACCACUCAACAACUUGGCAGUGCUGCAUGCUUCAGUCUUAAUGAGGUAGCCAACGGGCACAGACAUGAUCGCUAAUGUCAAAAGCGGCCAAAAAUACAUUCUAAAAAGUUGCCUAACUUCAGUCUAACUUGCCAUGUUGGCCACGAUUUGCAUUGAUGUAUUAAGCAAUAAAACAGGGAGUAGUCAUGAUUUUAUCCAAACCAAUCUUGUAAUCUUGUGACCAACCGAAGGCUCAAAAAUGUAGCUUCCUGUUCUAGUUAAACAUCUUUACAAAUUAUAAAAUGUCAGAUAAGCUAAAUCCUGUAAUUUAUGUCCCUUGACAAAUCAGAGCUAUCAAAGUUAUUUCUCUAGGCUUCUGGAUUGAAUUGAAAUUAGGUCUUGAUUUUGUAUUUGGUACAUUGACUUAGCAUUCAUAUUUGUAAAAUUCACUUCACUUGUGUCUGUUGAAUGUUCAUUAUUGGAUUGUGCUCACAAAAAGCUGCAGUUAAUAGGUAUGGACAUUCAUUUUUAAUUUUUAGAAAAUCAAUUUUAUAGUAUGUUGUAAAUAUGAGCCACAGUGCUGUCUUUGCUAACUGUCAUU